AUUAAACCGUUAAAAUUUCUUACUUUUUAUUUGAAGAUCGUUCUUAAAAACAAAGAACUAAAUAUAUUAGAAAUACACACUUAGGGUUGUUUUAGAUUCUUGCAAGUUCAGAUGGGCUUCCUGUGAAAACAGAACUUUGGCUUGUUAUCAAGGCAAAAGCCCUGCUUUGCGCUUGCUUACUGAAGAAAAACAACGAAAAUUGGAGAAAGCAUAAAGAGCAUGCGGCAACGUUUCUGAAGAGGCAGGCAUUUUGUUCUUACCAGUGAAGAUUCUCUCAUUUCUCUCCUUCCCUCCGCCGCUCCCUCCUCCAUCUCCGUCACCAAACGCUUGCUUUCUCCCUCGCUCUCUCUCUCUCUGUCAAACUAGCCUAUAUAUGAUUGCUGUGGACAGACAACUAAAGAACAGGGAACGAGCGCUGGCUGAAGAGUUAAAAGCCAUGGAGGCAGAAUCAGGCAGUGGUGAGGUUGUUUGACUGUUGAUAAAUUAUAGGCAAUGACUAGCUUAGAGCUUUCCAGAUUUCCCGAGUUCGCAUCUUUGUCAUUUUGGCCAUUGUGAGGAUUUAAGUAAAAUGUUGUCCGCUGACCAGAAUUUCCCGAUUCUGGUUUUUGGAGGAUGAUAAUGUAUAAGUGGUUGCAGAGACUGUUCUCUGCACAGGAAUUUAUGUUCGAGAAUGACGAUGUUUUGGUGACUGGUGUCCAGUCUCUGACAUUUCUUUUGCGAUGCAUUCAAACACGUUAGCAACGUUUUCAUUCCAAAACUGCUCGAAUAGUCCUUUAUUCAAAACAAUCCACUUUGAUGUCAAAUUUUCUUUGCUAUUUUUGCUUUGCAUGGUCAGUCGUGUGCGCAGGGCUGAUCCUGGCAUGCCGGCUCAAAAUGCAUCAACAAUCAAGAUCAGCCCGCUUCUUUGUAGGCAACUGAAGUAACAUCCUUAAAUGCUUAUUUGGUAGUGUUUAUUUGUCCAGACUAUUAAUAUGGGGUUAUUAAUUUGUUUUAGCCACUUCAAACCCGUGAUCUGAACCGAUCAUUGUUUAAAUCCUCGCUCAACCAUCGGUCGUGCAAAAAAAUUCACCAAAAUCGAAAAAACACACUCGAUGCAUGUUCGUCAGCUCUAGUUCUAUUGUGUGAUGAUGUGAUCAAUGAAAUGAGGUGGCCCGGCAGGGAAGCUGAAAACAAGUUCCGUUGUGGUAAUACUCUGCUCACAAAAGCUUCAUGACUCCACAGAGUUCUAAAACAAUUGGCAAUCCUCGGAGAAGCACUUUUGGUGCUUUUCUAGUUUCCAUCUUUUACAAGCACUUUUUCCUGCAGAGCCCAAGCUCGCUAUAUAUAUGUAGCCAUAUAACCAUGCAAAGCAAAACAAACAAAAGGAAAAAGAUGGCUUCCUGCAACAUUGCGUUGAUGGCACUUGUCAAUGCCCGUAGGGUCCUCAAAGUUGAAAACCCAAAUGGGCAUGAAAUGAGAAUGAGAAUGGAAAAGCCCAUGGGCCAAGGCAUUAGCAUUGGAAUUGGUGAAGGCAGUGAUGGCGAAGGAUUUGGAGAGGGCUAGGGUGUUGGCAAAGGCUCUAGCAGCGGUGUAGGCAGUGAUAGCGAAGGGUUUGGAGAGGGCUACGGCAAAGGCAUUGGUGAAGGCGGCGAUAGGAAAGGAUUCAGAGAGGGCUACGGCAAGGGCAUUGGUGAUGGCAAAUGGAUUGGAGAGGGCUAUGGCGAAGGCAUUGGUGAAGGCAGCGAUGGGAAAGGAUUCAGAGAGGGCUACGGGCAAAGGCAUUGGUGAUGGCAGUGAUGGUGAAGGGAUUGGAGAGGGUUAUGGUGUUGGCAGAGGCUCUGGCAAAGGUGUUGGGUAUGGGAAAGGCAUUGGUGAAGGCAGCGAUGGGAAAGGAUUCAGAGAGGGCUACAGGCAAAGGCAUUGGUGAUGGCAGUGAUGGUGAAGGGAUUGGAGAGGGUUAUGGUGUUGGCAGAGGCUCUGGCAAAGGUGUUGGGUAUGGAAAAGGCAUUGGUGAAGGUAGUGGAAGAGGCACUGGUAUUGGCAUUGGCCGAAGUUCCACAGAUGGUGGAUAUGGAGAAGGCAGAGGAGUUGGUAUUGGAACUGGGCAUGGUGGAUAUGAGACUGAACACGGUCCAUGGAGAGGAAGACCUGGGUACGGACACAGCGCUGAUAGCGGGGGGAUUUCGGACAAGGUGGGAAAUUCUCGGUCAUGUGGUUGCCACUCUUUUCUUUGCAGCGGUGGAGAUGUCAAUCGAUACCAUCAUUCCUUCAUUCUGCCAGGAUUCCGAAGAACAACAAGUGACAGCACAGUAUGUUCCGCCACUUCUGAUCGAAACUCUAUAUAUGACCAAAACGAGAUGCAGAGUCACCCAAGGACCCCAAUCAAAUAGCUUAGAUGUAUAAUUUUAUUUCCAAAAUCUUUGCUUGAUGAUGGAAUUUGAGAAUCCUUUUAAGGGGUGUUAUACUCCAGCCUCCC